GGAAAGCUGUGCUGCUUGGUAUGCCUCAGAAGUCUGGAGGAACAUAACUUGAGUGCUUUGGCUCAUGGUCUCAGAGCAGGACCAGGACAGUGUCUGUCCCCCUGUCUGCAGCACUGAAAUUCCACCUAUGAACUUUUCUCCCAUUUUGAAACUGAGAGAGAAGAAGAACAUGUGUAAAGACUCUUGUCACAUCAGAACGGGAAAGGCUUUAUGGAGAGACCACACUGAGCCUGCGCAGGUUAAAAGAGAGCUAGAAGCCUUGUAUACAUGCUGGAGGUGAUCUUUCCAGGCAAGUGCAGGUGUUACCUGAAGGAAGGGCACAAGAUAAAGGAAAUAAAGAAGCUUUCCACCUGCCUUAUUAGUCCCUGCCGAGAAGAUAAGCUGAAGCACAGAAGACCACAGUGUGUGUGAAAUACUGCAGAACAGGUCCUUGAAGCCUUCAUUUCAUGGUCAGAGCUAAUAAAUAACAUUUUCUCUAUUAAAGAAAGUGUCUGAUUGAAAAAUGAAUACCUACAGUGUGAAUCUCAAACUGCCAUGACAAGGAUAUUGAGCAUUAUCUUACUCUCUGCCCUCCCUCUGAUCCUGGCUGCUGCUGCCAGGCUGUGACAGGCAGCAGUUCAGCUGAGCAGCAGAGCUGCUGAGUCAUGAAUGUUUCGGCAGGUUAUCUCUCAUCACCAAUCCCUGCCCAGGGCACAGGCUGAGCUCAGUGCUGUAGGUUGUUGUUCUAUGCUGGAGCUUUCUGAGACAAGUUGCUAGCAGACCCAGGAGCAGAUCUCAAACCCAGACCACUGAUCUCUCUUGCAAUACACAGGUUUGCUACACUCGUUCCUCGGAAAGCAGGUUCCUGUGAGGUUUUUAUAGGAGUGUGGCUUUUACCCUGCUUUGCAGCUGUGGGCUCCCAUGCAGGAGCGUGGACUUGCCUUGUCUGGGCGACUGAGUGCCUGCCAGCAUGUGAAAUGAAAGUGAAAAUGCAAGUUACUUAACAAAACGGGAGAAGCUGCUGAGCAGCAGGUCCACACUCGAGGAUCCAAGUGGCUUCUGCAUCUCCUGUGGAGGGCUCUGGAGGAGGACCUGAACGAACUGGAGCUGGCCAGGCUGCUUGGGUGAAUGGAGAAGGGAAGAGCCGCUGGAAGGAAGACGAAGACAGACCGCAGGAAUCAGCCUGAGGAGAAGACUGAAGGAGGAGUCUGGUGAGCAUCCCCUGGGAUUGUGGAACAUCUAAGAGGGCAUCCAGCACUGCUGGAACUGAGCUCCUGGGGCAACCCGAUGGACUCUCUCCAGUCCAUGCUGUUAUGUUUUCUGCUUCUGACUGUUGCUCCCGGUUCCAGUGUUGCCAUGCCCAGUGCCAAACAGGAUGAGAGGACACCAGGCUCUUUCCCUGGCGAAACAGCUGUGACAGUCUAUCUCUGCAGGGGCUGCGAGCGCAGUGUGUGCGACACACGGAAUUAUGAAAGCUAUGAAAAAAUCAUUGAUACACAAAAUGAGACAACUUCACAUGGAGCAUUUCGUUUGGAGACCACCAAGACAUGCAUCAGGCUGUGCUAUCAGCACCCAACAUAUAUUCCUGAAGGAGUACUUGCCAUUGUCUGGCAAAGACCCGAUGGAAUAGGAGACUUGUGUGGCACUGUGAAUUCUGAAGCUUCCUCAGAAAAUGUAAUGGGUAGCAUCACUGAAACUUGCUGUGAAGCAGAGAUAAAAGUCACUCAGUACAACAUGCACCUGAAGUGCUACACUGAAAAGGUAGCUAACAAAGACAGAAAACUAAGUGCUGACACCCCCGAGGAAGAAAAUAAUCGAGAGAGAGCUCAGUCUGUCACUGAUGAACAGAGCAGCAGCAGUGUCAUUGUCGCCCCAGCAGUGGUUACGUUUGUAGUGUGCGGAGCAGCCCUGGCAGUGUAUUGUGCUCGACGCAGGAGGAGUGGUCGAGGUAUUUUCCUCUUCAGUUCUGAAGCUGUUGGGCUCCCAACAUACCUCACACCUAUCUGAGAGACAUCUACAGAUGAGUGCACCAGGCCACUGUGCCAGCAUCCUCCUCCUCAGUGCUGACAUACAGCCUUGGGCUGAAGAGCCAGAGCUCAUUUUAUACAAGACACCUUCACCAAAUACAACCAUUCCCUGGGGCCUGUGGCUGCCACAGCUGUGCAACUUCACAGGCAACACAAAAAGCUUCCUGAAUCUCCCACAUUCUGCUGGUACUUCGCUGAGGAUGGAAGUCAUUGCGAUGUGUGGCUGGCUCAGCAGCACAGGCUGAAAUGAGAUGAAUUCUCACAAUGGAUUUCACGACUGAAUCUCUCAGUUCAUCUGAAAUAGAGAGCUGCAUCUGUGCUCACGAGGGAUAUGCUGAACCCUAAGGCAGAUGCCCUCUUCCUGUCUUCCAUUUUGUAACGUGGCAGUGUGCCCAUAGGCCUUAAUUUUUUACCUCCCAGGUGGUCUCUAAAUCCAAUAAACUAUUUUUGUACCUUUGA